AUGCUGAUCCAGGAAACUCAUACAGAUGUGCCGACGAAGGCUGAUGGGAAAGUGGGAUCCAUGAGGAUCUUCCUCUUCCACCCCACUAUUCCUGGUUACCCAAAAGCACGAUUCCCUGGCGUUGUCCUGUUCAGUGAGAUUUACCAAGGUGGGUUUAAUCUCCAUUCAGAUGCCACGACCAGGAACGAAACAGGAGAAGAUCCUCUCUUCGUUGCUAGGGGCCCUCUCACCGGCCCGGUAGCACGUUUUGCUCGCCAGAUAGCUGGCCAAGGCUACAUUGUUGCAGCACCUUCCUCGUACCAUGAGUUCACAGGGCCAGAACCUUUAGCGUACGAUGUUCCUGGCACAGAUUCAGGGAAUUUAUGGAAGAUUUCAAAGACAUUAGCCGCGUACGACGAAGAUUCCUCCCUCGCCAUCGACACGCUCCUCGCUCUACCAACCUGCAACGGACGUAUCGGCGCCACAGGAAUGUGCCUCGGUGGCCACCUUGCCUACCGUUGCGCACUCGACCCCCGAAUCUCCGCCGCCGUAACGUACUUUGCAACAGAUAUUCACAGCGCCACUCUAGCACUGGGCAAGAAAGAUAACAGUUUGGCCAGAGCUGGAGAGAUUAAAGGCGAGCUGGCCCUGAUCUUCGGGACUAAGGACAAUCACGUACCAGCCGAGGGAAGAGAUGUGAUUCGGAAGACACUACGCGAUAGUGGUGUGGUGUUUAGUUGGUAUGAAUUUGCUGGAGCGCAGCAUGCAUUUAUUCGAGAUGAGGAAUCGAAAGGCCGCUAUGACCCAGCUAUUACGAAGAUCUGCUUUGAGGUCCUCCUUGAGCUCUUUGGUCGCAACCUAAAGAUUGAUCUUGGAGCUCAUGACGGACUUGAGCAGAAGAUUGAAAAUAUCUGCUAA